AUGGAAGCGCGAAAACGGAACCCUUCUCCCUCUCCAGUUCGUGUUCUCAUCCGCCCUCCUCAUUCCCCUUCACCGCCGCCGCUGCCUCCGCCUUCCUCCUCCGACCACCAACCUCCAGGGGAGUGGUUUAAAAGCAGGAGAAUCAGUUAUUUCCGCGACCGCGAUAACGGGAUUCUGUUCCUGCAGUUCUGCUCCACGCGCUGUCCCGUGAUUCAUGGAUUCGAAGACCCCGCACCGGGAUUUGAUUCUGUUGCGGAGGAGCACGAGUUCGGCGACCUCCAGGGAACGCUUUUCAUGUUCUCUGUUUGCCAUGUUAUCGUAUAUAUUCAGGAGGGGUCACAUUUUAAUACUAAGAUUUUGAGGAAUUUUCGUGUACUACAAGCAGCCAAGCAUGCUAUGGUUCCGUUCGUAAGAUCCCAAGCUACACUAUCGCAGGCUACUACGCCACCAUUACCGUCCCGCUCACAUUCGAUGUCAUCCCCUUUGCAACCUUCCACGUCGGGAAACAGUUCUUCUUCUCCAGGACAGUGCAUACCUGUCAUACUGUUUGUAUUUGUGGAUGAUUUCUCUAGUUUAUCCAAUUCAAGCACAAAUGGGGAGGACACUUCUGAUGCCUCUUCUCUUAGUCAGUCUUCAAGUUUGAAUACAGUGGCCAAAACAAACUUGCCUGCAAAAGGUUCUGGUUCAGUAGUUGUGCUGGCACGCCCCGCAAGUCGAUCUGAAGGUGGAUUUAGGAAGAAACUACAGUCUUCACUUGAAGCACAAAUUCGUUUUCUGAUUAAGAAAUGCCGUACCUUGUCAGGUUCUGAAAUAAAUCAUUCUGGUGUGAGAGGGGCUACCCCAGUCUCUGCACCUUUGUUCUCACUUGAUGCAUCGAGAGCAGUUAUAUUGUUAGAUCAGUUUUCUAAUAAAAAAGGUGAAUCUCUUGACUUUGCCAGUGGACUUGUUGAAGAUGUGUUAAAUGGGAAAGCAACAUCCGAUUCCCUCCUGUUGGAAACCCACGGGCAAAGUUCAAGCAAAGAAGAUUUAAUAUCUCUUAAAGAGUUCAUUUACAGGCAAGCUGAUAUUUUGAGAGGGAGAGGGGGACCAGUCAAUACCAACAGUGGCUCAGCUGCAGGUGUUGGUAUGGUUGCAGUCGCUGCUGCUGCAGCUGCUGCCUCAGCUGCAUCAGGGAGAACAUACACUACUCCGGAUCUUCCAAAUUUUGAAGUUUGGUUAACUUCUAGUAAUCAUAUUUUGAGCAGAGUUCUCUGUGCAAAAGGGGGUUGCUUGGAUGAAUUGGAAAUGAUUAAAAGAAAACCCCGUCCAAGGAACACUGCCUUACCAGCGGCAGAAGGAUCUUUGAAGGGCACAAAUACUUUUGAUGUUGCAGUAUCUUGGUUGCAAAGUGGUAGAGGGCUGAACACUAAAUUUUCGACUUCAUGGUGCCAAAAAGCCAUUCCAACUGCAAAGGAGAUUUAUUUAAAGGACUUACCUCCUUGUUAUCCUACUUCACAGCAUGAAGCCCAUUUAGAGAAGGCUUUACAUGCGUUUCACGCAAUGGUCAAAGGACCUGCAGUGCAACACUUUGCAAAAAAUUUGGAAGAGGAGUGCACUUCCAUUUGGAAAUCCGGAAGGCAAUUGUGUGAUGCUGUUAGUUUAACAGGCAAACCAUGCAUGCACCAAAGACAUGAUGUUGAGAUUGGUAAUUUAGAUUCAGGAGAUUCACACAAGCCACAUUCCAGUGGCUAUUUUUUCCUUCAUGCAUGUGCUUGUGGACGUUCUCGACAGUUACGUCCUGAUCCCUUUGAUUUUGAAUCAGCUGAUGCUAUUUGCUUUUCUGACUGUGAUGAGCUACUUCCUGCAGUCAAACUACCAGAAGUAAAAUCUGUGGGACCUAUUCAAUCUUCUUCUUGGAGUUUGCUUCGUAUUGGGGGUGCAAGAUACUAUGAACCUUCUAAAGGCUUAAUUCAGAGUGGGUUUUGUGCCACUCAAAAGUUUCUUUUGAAGUGGACAGUAUACCUAGAGAAACAGAAAAGACCAAAUGGGUUGACAGAGAGCACAGGAAAGCAAGAUUCUCUAAUUCCGCCACCCAAGGUUGAACAUAUUGCAGAUGCAAAGAAAACUGGAAUCAGACAACCCUAUCCAGCUGUCCUGAAUGGAGCAGAAGAUCAUAAAACAUCGUUAGAAAUUAUAAAGCCUGAUGAUAAAAAGAUAAGUUUUGGUAGAGGAAUUCCUAUGCCCAAAAUGAGAAAACCUUUUUCUGAGGUUGUUGCUGGAUCAGUGGCUGCUGAUUCAGGAUUCCCUCCUCUCCAGCAAAAGAAAUUGCCUAUAUCAGGUUCAGAGAAGGGUACAAAGCAAAGUAAUCCCAGUAAUCAGAUCGCAGAACGAGUUAAUACAGCUACUGAUCAUCAGUUAUCUCAAAAAUCUCAAGAUAUAUCAUUUACUCAGGGACCUGUUGAUAGUAAUGGCAAUAAUAGCAACAGAGGUAGUGAUCCAUUCUUAAAGAUAGGUAGCAACGUGGUGCCUGUACACAUGAACGGUGGUGAGAGGAGCCAAUCACAUUCUUAUGCAAAGAAUGUGAUGGUGUAUGUUGGCUUUGAGCAUGAGUGCCCCCGUGGCCAUCGUUUCCUGUUAAAUGCAGACCAUCUAACCGAACUUGGAUCUUUAUAUUCUUUCUCCGAAGAGUCUCGCAGAUCUUCUUCUAUGGACCCUACUGGCAGAAAUCAGGCUUAUCAUGCUAAAGUCAGCAAGAAUGCUUCCUGGGGCAAAGUGCAUCGACGCUCAAAUGAAAUUCAUGGUGCUUUCAUAAAUAAGGAAAGAGAUGUGGCCAAAUCAAGUGAAAUGAUUGCUAACGGUGAUUUGACUUCAGAUGGACUGAUAUAUACUUCCAUUCCACCAAAUGAACACAAUUUGGCAUCUGUGGCUGAGUUGGCAAAGGCCCCGAAUCAUGCAAAAGAAUUUGGGAGGGAUCUUCAAGCUAUUAAUAUGGAUGGUGAUGAUCUUGCAUUCUCGAUGUUGAACCGCAACUUGCCUAUCUACAUGAUCUGUCCGCACUGCAGGAAUUCUAGGAAUAAGAAAGAUACACCAAAGGUUAAGUUUGCCAGUGGUAUCUCACAGCUUAAGAGAAUAUUCAUGGUUACACCUCCAUUUCCUGUGAUCCUAGCAACAUGCCCUAACAUACAAUUCGAGACAUCAUGCCUACCUAUGUCAGUUCCAGAUCGUGAACGGAAAUUGCAGUUCAGCCUUGGAUGUCAAGUGAUCUUACCACCAGAGAGUUUCCUUACCCUUAAAUUACCAUUUGUGUAUGGUGUGCAGCUUGAUAAUGGAAACAAGCAUCCUCUUAACCCCUUUGAAAUACAACCAGAAAUGACUGCCUGGAUUACCAAGGGUACAGUACUGCAGAUCUUGUCCAAGGGGAUCAAUGAUGAGGGCUAUCAAACACAGUAAAAGCUUGUUAAAAUCUUUGGGUGGCAUUGCUAGAGUGAAAAGGGAACGAUGUCCAUAGCUUCUCCAAAACUCAGGACAAGAGACUUUGUGGAUGAUGAGUGUGGUCCAGGUGGAUGAAACUUGUUAGCUGCACACAUAGUAUGUACAUCAUUAUUCAGGCUCUCUCAUCUAGGUGCUGCGAAUUGGACCUACAGAAUGCUUAUAUCCCUGUGGGUGGCUUUCUAGCUUGUUCAUCCAUUCUUAUAUAAUCUCACGUGGAUUAAUGCAAUGAACAGCGCAAAUAUUGGUGUCUCCGGAAAAUGAGUACUCAAUCAUUGGGGGUGUCUGUAUAAGCAUCAAUAAGCAGGGAAUCAGAACAGUCCAUCGAAUGUUUGAUUGCAGGAGAUACCCUCAAAUUUGUACUUGAUGCAACGGUUGAUGGCAUCAUCAACAAAGAUCUUGUACUUCAAGUCUUCAACAUGAAGCAUUGCAACUAAUGAUCAGAGACCUCGAUCCUUGUGACAUUUCAUUAAUGAAGCUGGAGAAUGGAGAUCAACAAUAAAAGACAGAGCGCAUUGCUGUUUGUUGAUUUUCAUGGUGAUUAAGGCGUUGAAGUUGGCCAUUUACUGCCAUAAUUAUAUUCAUGUGUCUCCUUAUUGGUUUAGGUUUAGUUUAAGGUUGUGAAAAUCAGGAUGCCACAAAUAUAGUUUGACUGGAGCAUGUGGUGCCCUUCGUGAAAGCUUUACAGUUUACACAUAAUGUAUUGCAAUUUUUUUUUUGGUGACUUAAUGUAUUGCAAUUUAGAUAACGUUGAAAUACCGUUGGUUUA